AGAUGGAGGUUCCAGAUGAACCAGGGAAGAGUUGGACUGGCUUAGUAACCCGAGCUUCUCUACGGAAGAGGCACUAUUAUUGCAUCAGCGGACUACAGAAGUUGCAAAUCUCAUCUCUGAAAAAUCACCACUAAUAAGGACUACUUCAAGAUCAGAGUUGUCAGGGGAAAGUGAUACGGAUGAGAGUCUGAAACAAUCAAGUAAGAAAAGGAAAAAGAAAAAGAGAAAGCAUCACCACUAUAAGAAGACAAAAAACAAAACCAAAGGGGACACCAGUAGCAGUGAAUCGGACCUGGACACUAAGCACAUCAAGGACAAAGCCUCAGGAAGUGGCAGAAAUCAUCAAAAGGAAGCAGCAGCAAAUCUAGAUAAGAAAACAUCAAAUCUUACCAGCAAUCGCUUUGUUUGGCUUGAUGAUAUCCAGGCUUUCACAGCAGAAACCUUCAGGAUAGACAAGAAACCAGACCCUGCAAACUGGGCCUACAAGUCGCUAUAUCGAGGGGACAUAGCAAGAUAUAAAAGGAGAGGAGAGUCCUGUCUUGGCAUAGAUGCAAAGAAACAGUGUAUAAUUUGGGACAGUUCUGCAUCAAAAGGGAAGCAAUUACAGAGGCGACCUGAGCGUUACUUCACAAAGAACAAUGUGAAGAUGCUGAACACAGAUGGGAUUCCUGUUUGCAAGAAAAGUUCUCCAUCUGACUCAACUGCUUUUAUACCAGUUUUCCAAAUGGAAACUGAUGAUCCUUCUGACACAACGGAGGUAAAUCCUCUUGGGAUUUAUGAUCCAUCAACUACAGUAUGGCUACAAGGAAAAGGGUGCAAAGGUGCAGAUCAUGAGUCUGUAAAUACGCAGCAAACAAUUCAAGAACCUGGGAUAAACAUUAACUCUGUUCUAAUAACAAAAGUGGAAGAACAUAACAAGAAAGUCAGAGAAAACCCAAGAGAUGUUAAUGCUUGGAUGGAAUUUGUUUCUUUUCAGGAUGAAUUAAUGAGAGGACCUAGCCCUUAUGCCAGUAAGGGAGAGCAGGAAGUAAGAAGAAAAUCGCUGAAGUUAAUCUUAGAAAAGAAACUGGCUAUUUUAGAGAGGGCGAUUGAAAGCAAUCCAAGUAAUGUUGAUCUGAAACUCGCCAGGCUGAAGCUUUGUGCAGAGUUCUGGGAACCACCAGCUUUGAUCAAAGAAUGGCAGAAGCUAAUUUUCUUACAUCCCAAUAAUCCAGAGCUGUGGAAGAAAUAUCUCCUGUUCUGUCAAAGUCAGUUCACUACCUUUUCUGUUUCAAAAAUCAAUAGUCUCUAUGGAAAAUGUUUAACUACGUUGGCAGCUGUGCAGGAUGGUAGCAUGGUGUCACAUCCUCUACUGCCUGGUACAGAAGAAGCUAUGCUAGCUAUAUUUAUUCAGCAGUGCCACUUUCUGAGACAGGCUGGCCAUUCUGAGAAAGCGGUGUCUUUGUUUCAGGCUCUGAUUGACUUCACCUUCUUUAAACCUGACAGUGUGAAAGAUCUACCAACAAGGGGCCAGGUGGAAUUCUUUGAACCCUUUUGGGAUAGUGGAGAACCUCGAAUUGGAGAAAAAGGAGCAAGAGGCUGGAAAGCGUGGAUGCACCAACAAGAAAAGGGUGGCUGGAUUGCUCUUAAGCCUGAUGAUGAUGACGAUGAAGAGGAGAUAGAUGAAGAUCAAGAAAUAAAGGAUAAAACUCUCCCCAAGUCGCAUAUUUGGUUGGAUAUUGAAUAUUCUCGUGAAGCAAGGCAUUGGUUACCUUGGAGGCCAGACAAAACCAAAAAGGAAGCUGAAGAAGAUUGUGAAGAUCCAGAAAGACAGGUAUUAUUUGAUGAUCUUGGACCAUCUUUAAUCCGGCUUUCUAAUCCAGAUCUUCAACGUCAACUACUAUACUCAUUUUUGCAAUUCCUCGGAGUUCCAUGUACAAGUAAACUCUUUCCUUCCAACCUCUAUAUUGCCAUGGAUGAAAAUAAUAUCUUUGACAGUGUGCUUUCUGAUGAAAAGCCACUGACUUCUGUUCAUUUUCCACUUUCUGGAUUCAACAGUAUUGGUCAUAUGGACACGAUGCUACGAGGGAGACAUCACGUAGGCCACUAUAAAGAAGGAGAGGAGUUCCUACAUAAUGUUUUUCAUGUUCUAUUCCUGUUGUUUUCAGGAAAGGAAAAAUCUAACCUGUCCAUUUGUUGGUUGCAGUAUGAAAUAUCUAAGGUAGUUCAGUGUCUCCAAACAAAAAAGAAGAAGAAGCUGAAAGCACAAGGGAGGAAGAGUAAAAAGUUGGCCAAGAGUCUCCUUAAAGCACCUGACAACCGAAACCACCUUUCUCUCUGGAAACUUUAUGCCUACCUAGAAUGGCUGCUUGGUAACAUCGAUGAUGCCAGGAAGGUAUUUGACACAGCUCUUUGUGCGGCAGGGACAGGAGGACUGAAGAGUCCCCAGAUCUGCAGCCUCAGUCUGCUUUAUGCCCAGCUGGAAGUGGAACUACUAGAAAGUCUGGAAGGCGCUGUUAUGUCACGUGCUGUUCAUAUAUUGACCAAAUUGGCUGAGAGUGGACCAUAUGUACCCUAUAGUGGACCAGUGUUAUCUGUGAAUGUCUUGAAAGCUCGUAAAAUAUAUGAGCAUGCACUGCAAGACUGUUUAAAUAAAACACCAGUUUCUGAUCAGGAUCAGAUCAGUGAUGCUAAUCAGCUGGUUAACUUGGUUGGUUGUUACGCGCUGUUCCAGUAUUUGACUGUUGGGAUUGAUGCUGCAGUAUUAAUCUAUGCACAGACUUCGGAAAAACUUGAAGCUCCUGGUCCAGAGAAAUGUGAAAAUACUGGAGAGAAUUUUGGCAUUCAAAAUCUUCCCACUGCUCUUGAAGCUGUCACACUGCUGCAUACAAAUUUACUCAGAUUCCACAUGAAAAUUAGUGUUUAUCCUUUGAAUCCUCUGCGAGAGGCACUAACGGAGGCUCUGAAACGGUAUCCUAGCAACCAGUCUCUUUGGAGGUCAUAUAUCCACAUCCAAAGGAAGUCUCACAGCGCAAGCAAAGCACGAAGAUUUUUUGAUGGUGUCACAAGGUCUACUAACUCUUUAGAGCCAUGGCUGUUUGCAAUCCAAGCAGAGCAGAUGAGAAAAAAACUCAUUGAGAAUGUCCAGAGGGCAGAUGUUGGUGAAAUACAUUCCACUAUUCCUGAAACUGGGUUAACAAAUCGGAUUGUAGCUCUUUUUGAACAUGCAGUUCAGAGUGAAAAUGGUACCCAUUGUCCACUGCUGUGGAGAAUGUAUUUGAACUUUCUGGCUUCACUAGGAAAAAAAGAAAAAAGUAAAGGCUUGUUUUAUAAAGCCCUUCAAAACUGUCCUUGGGCAAAGGUACUCUAUCUGGAUGCAGUAGAAUACUUCCCUGAUGAUCUGCAGGAGACGCUUGAUCUAAUGACUGAAAAAGAAUUGAGAGUGCGGGUACCCAUGGAAGAGCUGGAUCUGCUACUAGAGGUUUAA